UUGCUGACUGUUGUGUUUAUAGGCGAUGGAGCACCUACUGGUAACUAUGGCUAUACCAAUAGUGGAUACAGUGUAUAUGAAGAAGAAAAUGAAAGGUUAACAGAAAGUCUGCGUACAAAAGUCAGUGCCAUUAAAUCACUUUCCAUUGAAAUUGGAACAGAAGUUAAAAAUCAAAAUAAAAUGUUAUCGGAGAUGGAUAACGACUUUGACUCUACGGGUGGACUUCUAGGUGCAACUAUGGGCAGACUGAGAACGCUCUCCAGAGGGAGCCAGACAAAACUAUUAUGCUACAUGAUGCUCUUUGCAUUCUUUGUUUUUUUUGUAAUAUACUGGAUUAUUAAACUGAGGUGAUGAAAGUUAUCUUCAGUUUAAUUUGUGUAACUUCAACCGUGAAACAGUCUGAAUUAAUGAAUACAGUGAUUUAAACUGGCAUAUUCUGUUAAAAUGAUAUUGCUGUAAAUUGCAUUAAGUUUUAAUGCAAGUUAUAUUUUUUUUCUUAAUGUAUCAGAAUCUCUCCCAUCACCCCCUGUUUUAGGUGGAUUAUUUGUAAAUAUGCAAAUACCACUAGUACACUAGGGUGCCUUUUUUAGGGCAAUUUUUUUUUUUUUUUUAAGAAUUAGCUUAAACAAACAACCCACCAAAACAAAGACUGUUCAGAUGUGAAGAAUCACAGACCUUUCUCUUUGAUUCUACUUUUCAUUCUGGACCAUGUUCUAAAUUAGAGCUCCAGUUUCAGGCAUAUAGUAAUCUUCAGGUUACAAAAGCACAAAUAAUACUUGGAUCUUCUUGAACUGAAUUUCUUUUAUGGAUUUCUAAAGGAUUGGCCUGAAGCUAAUGAAUGUGAAAAUGGUGCCCCAAAAAAUAAUUUUGAUGCCCAAAGGGAUGAGGGCUAAUAGUCUCUGUAUUCUGGAAGUUUAAACUUUGUGUUUUAGGGAGAAGCUAUGUAAAACUGGAUUUUUUUUUUAUAAGUGUGGCUAAGUAACACUUACACAUCUAUUCUUUUAAGCAAAUGCCUUUGAUCGUUCAGAUCAACCAAUAUGGACACAAUACAAAUGUUUCCCUUAAAUUUUAUAUUUAAAGUACCCGAAACUUAGUGAUUCCAUUGAAUCACUAGAACUUUUACUGGUAGUAUGUUCACUUUUCCAUCAAUGAUGAUCUCUAAAGCUGCAUGAUAUCUGAAAUGUGAGGUCAGAUAUUCUGACUUUUAUAUUGAAAUGUAUAAUGAUGCACCUGUUGAAGGUGCCCUCAUGUUAACUUUUUUUUUAUGACUUAGCUUUGGCUCACCAAAUAGUUUCUUAUACUUGAAGGUAUUACAUUGCUGAGUUCAACAUUCAAAAUAUCACAUUUCCUAGCAAUUGAAAUUGUAUCUAAAAUUUUUUGAAUAACUUUUCUAGAAACACUGUAUAGUGUGUUGCCCUGAAUAACUUAAUUAAAAACUAAUAAAUAAAGUGACCUAGAAUACUCUAACUAGUAUGUAGUUUGUAUAUACACAGUCUUUCUAAUGCAGAAUACCAAGGUUUUUUUGAAAUGUUGCUGCAUGUAAAGGAGUUAGAAUUGUGAGAUGAUAUACUGUUCAAAUAAGAAAUGGAGGUGUAAGCCACAUGGUUCUUUCAUGUUAGGUUUUGUAUAUUAACAAAAGUAUGGCAGAUAAAUCACUUGUCUAAUAUAAUACAUUUAUACUGAAUGUGUAAAAAAAAAAAAAAAAAGUGCAAGUAUUUCUAGCUGAUUUAAUCUUUGAUUGUUAAAAGGUCUAUAAAACUUCUGCAAAAAACAGAAAUCUGAAUAUUAAUGCCAGAAUAAUCAGUGUUCUUCAUUUAAGAAUCACUAGGCUUAUUAAGCAAGUAUAAUGUUGCCAUAAUGCAACCCAUAGGAUAUAAUUUGCCAUCCGGAAUUGAUGCACUUUUAUAAUUACAAUGAGACUGUGGAUAGGAAGGUACCUAGUAAGUGAGAUAACUAUUGACAUAACUCUUUGACAGUCACGCUCCCCUGACAGUUGAUCAUCUUCUAGAAGUAUAUUUAGUCUUCAUAUUAAAUCUUUUUUUUUUGUGGGUCUCAAA